AUGAGGGGCUACUGCCAAAUUGAAGCCAUCCUGGCCUCAGCCGGCGGGACGAUUGCCAGCCGCAGCAGGUCGACUGUUGGUGGCGGGAUGGCAGCUGUCGGUGGGGCAACCAGUGGCGGUGGGGUGUCUGGUGGCAGCAGUUGGAUGACUGGUGGCGGUGGUUGGAUGAUUGGCGGCAGUUGGAUGACUGGUGGUGGUGGUGGUGUGGUGACUGGUGGCGGAGGUUGGAUGACUGGCGGCGGGGUGACUGUCAGUGGUGGGGCGACUGGCGGUUGCCGGAUGACUGGUGGCAGCAGUUGGAUGACUGGCGGCAGUGGUGGGGUGACUGGUGGCGGUGGAGUUGUAGUAGCAGCAGUACUAGUUGGAGUAGUACUAGUGGGAGUUGUAGUGGUCACCGAAACAGCCCUCGUUGAAAGCACAGCAAGGCAAUCUCUCACCUAUAUGAAGAGUCACUGCCAAAUUGAAGCCGUCCUGACCUCAGCCGGCGGGAUGAUUGCCAGCCUCAGCAGGACGACUGUUGGCAGCGGGAUGGUCACCUACAGUGGGGCGACCGGUAGUGGUGGGGCAACUGGCAGUGGUGGCCAGAUGACUGGCAGUGGUGGGGCGACCGGUGGUGGCCGGAUGACUGGCGGCGGGGUGACUGUCAGUGGUGGGGCGACUGGCGGUUGCCGGAUGACUGGUGGCAGCAGUUGGAUGACUGGCGGCGGCUGGACAACCGGUGGUGGUGGGGCGACCGGCGGCCGCAGCGAGACAAGGAGCCGGCCCGGCAAAUGA